UCUCCUCUCCUUCCUACUCCUACUUAGAAAAGAUAGAAGAUGGAGAAUAAGAAGCAAAACACUUCUGUUUUUCAGCUUUUCAAAUUGGCUGACGGUGUUGAUCAAUGGUUGGUAUUAAUGGGAAUCAUCGGAAGCAUAGGAGACGGGUUGAUGAACCCCCUUACGAUGUGGGUCCUCAGCCGCACCCUCAACACCUAUGGAACUGCUGCUUCCUUCUUGUCAUCCCAUAUAGUAGAUGAGUAUGCAGUCCAGUUGGUGUACGUGGCCCUUGGCGUGGGAAUAGCUGCUUUUAUUGAAGGGUUGUGUUGGACAAGAACUGCAGAGAGACAAACUUCUCGCAUGCGAAUGGAAUAUCUAAAAAAUGUCCUCCGUCAAGAUGUAGCUUUCUUUGACACUAAUGGCACCAACACAACAAGCGAGGUGGUCACCACCAUCUCUGUUGAUGCCCAUAUAAUUCAAGACGUUCUUAGUGAGAAGAUACCCAACAUGAUUGCUGGUGCCUCCACUUUCAUCUUUUCCCUUGUCGUUGCUUUUCUAAUGUCAUGGAAGCUGACUCUGGCUGUUCUUCCCUUCUCGCUCCUCUACAUUGUUCCUGGGGUCACAUGUGGGAAGCUUAUGAUGGAGGUGGCAAGGAAGAUGAAAGAGACUUACGGAGUUGCGGGGGCAACAGCAGAACAGGCAGUUUCUUCAAUCAGAACAGUAGUUUCAUGUGUUGCAGAGCAUCAAACAUUAGAGAGGUUCAAGCAUGCACUUGAACCAAGUAUGGCACUCGGGAUAAAACAAGGAUUUCUUAAGGGAAUGGCGAUCGGGAGCGUUGGUAUGGUCUAUGCUGUCUGGUCUUUUCAGGCUUGGAUUGGAUGCAUUCUAGUCACAGAAACGAGAGCUCAACCUGGCCAUGUUUUCAUUGCUGGACUAUGUGUCCUCUUGGGUGGAUUGUCUAUUAUGGGUGCACUUCCAAAUCUCAGGUACAUCUCAGAGGCAACAGCUGCUGCUUCACGUAUAUUCGAGAUGAUUAAUCAGCUUCCUACCAUCGAUUCCGAUGACAAAACAGGGCUCAUUCUAGAACACGUGAGAGGAGAAAUAGAGUUUAAGAAUGUCGAUUUCGCAUACCCAUCACGACCAGAUUCCCCCAUUCUACAAGGUUUUGAUCUUAAAGUAAUGGCUGGUAUGACCAUUGGCCUGGUCGGUGGCAGCGGUUCUGGUAAAUCUACAGUCAUCUCGUUGCUCGAAAGGUUCUAUGAUCCAGUGAGAGGAGACAUCCUAUUUGAUGGCAAGAAUAUCACAAGACUUCAACUGAAAUGGUUGAGAUCUCAAAUGGGUCUGGUCAGCCAAGAGCCUAUCCUCUUCGCAACUUCCAUAAAAGAGAAUAUACUGUUUGGCAAUGACACAGCUUCAAUGGAGCUUGUUGUUGCCGCAGCCAAGGUCGCAAAUGCGCAUGAUUUCAUUACUAAAUUACCUGAAGGAUAUGACACCCAAGUGGGACAAUUUGGGGUUCAAAUGUCGGGAGGACAGAAGCAAAGGAUCUCAAUCGCAAGGGCAUUACUCAAAGACCCAAGAAUACUAUUGCUUGACGAAGCUACAAGUGCAUUGGAUACACAAUCUGAAAGGGCUGUGCAAGAUGCAUUGGAUCAGGCUGCAGUAGGAAGAACAACGAUAAUCAUUGCCCAUCGCCUCUCCACACUCUGUAAUGCAGAUUUGAUAGCAGUUGUUCAAUCAGGGAAAGUAGUUGAAUCAGGUUCUCAUGAUCAGCUCAUCCAAAUGAGCAAUGGCGCCUACUCUGCAAUGGUGCGGUCGCAACAAUCAACCAUGAAAAAUGAAGAAGAGUUCAAUGCUUAUUCUCUGGCUGAAAUAGAAAGCAAUCAUCAUAAAAUGGUAAAUAAAAAAAAUUCAAGCAACAUAGGUUUGAGCAUACGCAGCCCAGCACCAUCGAUUGUACGAGCGGGCACUCCAGAACUGUCAUUCAUCCAAGGGAGCAGCCCAGCACUGUCGGCCAUCCAAGAUCAUCUCUCCAGCAGUCCUAACAAAGAAACCUCCUUGAAAUCUUCUGCACGUUCUUCUCCUUCUCAAUGGAGGAUGCUGAAAAUGAACUCACAGGAGUGGAAGAGAGCCAUGUUUGGGUGCUUCGGCGCUAUUGCCUUUGGAGCAGUUCAGCCUCUACAUUCUUACUGCUUGGGAUCAGUUCUUGGAGUUUUCUUCCUGAAUGACAAGGAGCUCAUCAAAUCAAAGAUCAAAGUAUAUUGCUUCAUCUUCUUGACCUUAGCGUUCGUCAGCAUUGUCACCAAUCUCAUCCAGCAUUACAACUUUGCAGUCAUGGGGGAGCGUUUGACUAAAAGGAUAAGGGAGAAAAUGCUAGAAAGAGUGCUAACGUUUGAGAUUGGGUGGUUCGAUCGGGAUGAGAACUCAAGCGCAGCAAUCUGUGCAAGGCUAGCUGCUGAAGCUAAUGUGGUCCGGUCCCUUGUGGGCGAUCGUCUGUCCUUGCUUCUACAAGUCACUACUACAGCUUCCCUGGCAUUCGUGUUGGGCUUGGUGGUCGCAUGGAGGGUAGCAAUCGUGAUGAUAGCGAUUCAGCCAUUACUCAUUGGUUGCUUCUACUCAAGACGGGUACUAAUGAUAAAUAUGUCUACAAAAGCACGAAAGGCGCAAAAUGAAGGCAGCCAAUUAGCAAGCGAGGCCGUUGUUAACCACAGGACCAUCACGGCGUUUUCUUCUCAGAAAAGGGUGUUGGGACUUUAUGAAAGUUGUCAGAAAGGCCCACAGAGAGAGAACAUGAAACAGUCCUGGUUCGCUGGCCUUGGCCUCUUCAUCUCCCAGUUUGUCACUACAGCAAGUAUAGCAUUGACCUUUUGGUAUGGAGGGAGGCUGAUGAUUCAAGGACUGGUAAUCCCCAAACAUUUGUUUCAAGCUUUCUUCAUCUUGAUGACCACAGGCAAGGUCAUUGCAGAUGCCGGCAGCAUGACGUCUGACUUAGCCAAGGGAAGCAGUGCUGUGAAAUCAGUAUUUGAAAUCCUGGAUAGAAGGAGCGAAAUCGAGCCCGAUGACUCCAAAGGAAUCAAUACCAGGAAGAUUAUCAAGGGCCAUAUUGAGUUGAAGAAUGUGUUCUUUUUUUAUCCUUUAAGGCCAGGACAGAUGAUAUUCAGGGGGCUUAGUCUCAAGAUUGAAGCUGGAAAGACAGUAGCAUUGGUUGGUCAGAGUGGUUCUGGUAAAUCUACCAUUAUUGGCCUGAUCGAGAGAUUCUAUGACACCUUAAAGGGUUCGGUAGAAAUCGACGGACAGGACAUCAAGAGCUACAAUUUGAGACAUUUGAGGUCGCAUAUCGCACUGGUUAGCCAGGAGCCAACUCUUUUUGCAGGUACAAUUUCUGAGAACAUUACAUAUGGAAAUGAGAAUGCUACCGAAACCGAGAUAAUUGAGGCCGCUAAGCUUGCCAACGCUCAUGAAUUCGUAAGCUCCAUGAAAGAUGGGUAUAAAACAUAUUGUGGAGAAAGAGGAGUUCAGCUAUCAGGAGGUCAAAAGCAAAGGAUUGCGCUGGCUCGAGCAAUACUGAAGAACCCCACAAUCCUGCUCUUAGACGAGGCUACCAGUGCACUAGAUACCGUGUCAGAGAGAUUAGUACAAGCGGCCUUGGAGAAGAUGAUGUUGGGCAGAAGAACGUGCGUAAUCAUAGCUCAUCGACUAUCCACAAUUCAAAAGUCGGAAACCAUAGCAGUGAUAAAAGACGGAAGGAUUGUGGAAAAAGGCUCACACUCUGAUCUACUCGCUAUAGGACAUGGCGGCGCCUACCACUCUCUGAUAAAACUCCAUAAGGACAACAAAUCACCUUAAAAGAGAAUCUACCCAAGGACAAAGUCGAGGAGAAGAGAAGAAAAGCUACUUCCAUAAAAGUUACAAUUCAUAGUAGUUGCACCCAUUGUUCAAAUUAUCUUCGAUACUAUCAAAAUAUUUCCGACAUUAUCUUUACCUCCAACUCAGCGAUACCGAUAGCAUUGGUAGCGAUACUGAUAACACUAGUAGUAUUAAAAAUUCUAGGUAUCGGUGAUGUAUUGCCAAUGUAUCGA